UCUCUGAGCCGCCAUUUGAAUCCACCUGCCAAAUUGGAACCAGGGUCACAAACAAGGACAAAUUGUUUAUUCUUUUCUUUUUUUUAAGAAAUCUUUAGAAAAUUUUGGUAUUAAUAAUGGUGUCCAAGAAAGAGAGACGUGUGGAGGAGCUUGAAUCUACGUGGAGUUCCUUUUUUUUUUCUUUGUAGUGAUUUAUGGAAUCCAGCAAAAGUUCAUGAGUACACAGGUGAGGAGCAGCCAAAGUGGUUUUUGGUUUUAUCACUUACUUUGUCUCAUACAAUGGAUAAGCUUUGAGGUUUGGUGAGGUGGCGAGAAGUUCCAUUUCUGGCUAUAAAAGUUGUCAUCUUUGGGCUUCCCUUGAGCGGCCUGAAUUGAGAUUUCCAUCAGUGGGAUUCAAGAAAUUAGUCUUAAAAAAAUCAGGAGGUAAACAGAGUUAAAAAGCAGCAAAAAUGGUUACCAGACAUGUGGAUCUUCGAUCGGAUACAGUGACAAAGCCGACGGAGGCUAUGAGGGUUGCGAUGGCAAAUGCCGAAGUUGAUGAUGAUGUACUCGGUGCUGAUCCGACUGCAUACCGAUUAGAAUCUGAGAUGGCUAAGCUCAUGGGUAAGGAAGCUGCACUCUUUGUGCCUUCCGGCACCAUGGCCAAUCUUAUAUCAGUAAUGGUGCAUUGUGAUGUAAGAGGCAGUGAAGUCAUCCUCGGAGAUAAUUGCCAUAUUCAUGUUUAUGAGAAUGGAGGUAUCUCAACCAUCGGCGGUGUUCAUCCAAGAACUGUGAAAAACAAGACUGAUGGCACCAUGGACAUUGCCGAAAUUGAGGCUGCUAUUAGACAUCCUGAUGGCGAACUUUAUUAUCCUUCUACCCGGUUAAUAUGCUUGGAAAACACUCAUGCUAAUUCUGGUGGGAGGUGUAUCUCUGUAGAAUAUACAGACAAAGUCGGAGAGAUUGCUAAGCGACAUGGUCUGAAGCUUCACAUUGAUGGAGCUCGCAUUUUCAAUGCCUCAAUUGCUCUGGGAGUUCCCGUUCAUCGGCUUGUCCAAGCUGCAGAUUCAGUUUCAGUGUGUUUGUCGAAAGGAUUAGGCGCUCCGGUUGGAUCAGUCAUUGUUGGCUCAAAAAGUUUUAUUACCAAGGCUAAGAGGCUUCGGAAGACAUUAGGUGGCGGUAUGCGACAAGUCGGAGUUCUUUGUGCAGCUGCUCUUGUUGCAUUGAGAGAGAACGUGAAAAAACUCGAAGAUGAUCAUCGGAAAGCCAAAAUUUUGGCAGAUGGCUUAAAUCAAAUCAAGCAGUUAAGUGUUGAUAUGAGUUCAGUGGAGACAAACAUGGUGUAUUUCAACAUCUUAGAUAGUUCAGUUAUUUCGCCGGAAAAGAUAUGCGAGGUUUUGGAAGAGCAUGGUGUACUAGCAAUGCCGGCGAGUGCCGUCAGUGUUAGGCUUGUUCUUCAUCAUCAAAUCUCUGAGAGUGAUAUCAAUUAUGCCUUGACAUGUAUUAAGCAAGCUGUUGAUCAAAUCACAACUGGUGCUACUACCAAGUGACAAAGUAAAAUAUCAACCUGUUCCUCUUAUUAGAGAUUUACAUUCAUGAUGUUCAAGAAAAAUAACUGGUUGCUCAUCAUUUGUAAAUCAGAUGUAAUUGCUCACAAUUGUUAACUCCUGAAUUAAGUUAAGAAACAAAAAAAAUA